AUGAGUGAACAACGUAACAUUAAACCUUCAGCAGAAACACCUAAGCCAGAUGGGCAAAAUCGUACAGAUUUUCUUUACCGCUGUCCACCACCACCACAACCUCCAUUUGCCAUGGAAAAACGUGGACCUGUUACGCCUCCCGAAUCGAGUGAUAUUUCGCCUACAACAAAUAUCGCUGCAGUGGUUCAGUCUCGAGGUCUUGUGAGUGACUUGACAGGUGUCGCCCCAAGCCAACCAUUUUGUUCAGACCGAGUAAUACGUCGUGGUCCUCGCACUCCACCGUAUCCUCCAAAAUCUCCUCAGUCUCGAUCUCCAUCGCCCGAAAUCACGGAUAAACCUGAUUUAACAUUUGCAAGGUCUAAGCCAACGAUAGCAAGUGAUAGAAGUUCAGUAGUAGUAUUGCCUACGGUCAAUUUAUGCAAACCCAAAUAUCCAGGAAAUGCAAAUCCUAUACGAUAUCCAGGUUUUUCUUUAUAUCAUACGCCAUCACGAUUUCGGCCUGUGGUUUAUAAUCUCCUAAUUCAAGGGAGCAGUGGUGCUUCACAAGUAGCUUGUUUUGGUUCCGUAUCUGGCCUACCUAUGAAACUUUUUCCUAUGAUGCAAGUGUCAGCAGCAUCCACCACUUUGGCUCAGUAUAUGAGUACUCAGUCGACUAAACAGACUUCUGCAGUGUUUCAUACUACUCCGUGGUCUGCAGAUUCUGAUUUCGGAGUUUGCCCUCCCUUCAGCUUCACGUCACCAGUUCCGAAGGAACGAGUACCUGUUUCAGAAGCACUUACAGUUCCGCCUCCUCCACCGCCGCCUCCUCCACCAACAAGUGCACGAGUUAUGACAAAGCCGAGUAUUUUAAAAAAUGAUGCUUCAUUAAAAGCAGAUCCGAAUUCAGAUGCUCCCACAGUCAAGUCAAAGGACAUUCCAAUGGCUUUAGAUCCGAUACUGCUGGACCUCGUUGACUUUGCUCCAAAAACUCAAGUGUCAAAGUCGAAAAAGCCUAGCCGAGUCCACAGUAAACAAGGAAUACCUCUUACUCAAAGGAAAUCAGCUGUAAAAGACACUCUUAGUGUAUUAGAUAUCAAAAAUACCGGACCAAAGUAUACAAGUCAAUUAGGUGGAAAUGAAAAAAAGGAGACGGAUGCACAAGUGCCUGCUGAAAAAGAUAUUGAGAUAUUAAAAAUUUUAAAACCAGAAAGAAUUGAACAUGAAGAAUUAGAUGGAGUGGAAAAUAAAAAUCCUCGGAAAGCUGGUAAUGACUCAUGUAAAAUCGAGGAGGUUAUAAGCCAUAUUCCUAAAUCUCUUGAAAAUGAUGUGGAUACAAAUACAACUGUAUGCGGAAAUGAUCUUAUGAUUGGAGACAAUGGUUCAUUGGUAGUAGGAAGAAAUGAUCGGAAAGGAAUAAAAUCAGUUGACACAGCCAUCGAAAUUAAUAUUACGGAUGAUAAUAUGCCUCAACAAGGUAAAUUGCAGUUGAAAAUAAAAUAG